UGUGUGCUCCUGCUGCCAAAGCGGCCCAGAUGGCAAGCUUGCCCCUGGGCUUCCCAAAAAGAUUAUGCAGCAGUCCAAAAUCUUUUACCCCCAGCAUGAACCGUACCCUCCGAGAACGAUAGACCGACCCGACGCCCAGCUGAACCGACCCUUCCCGGCUUUCGUCCUUCCAGAAAACUUGGCCGCCGUUGGGGUGCCCAACCUGUUCCAUCCCCCAAAUCAAGAGAAAGAGAUUUUCGGGACGCCCCCGGCAGGCUUCCACAUGGCUCCCUGCGGGUGCUUUUUUGACCCCAGGAUCUACCGCAUCGAGUGGGCAACGGCCAACUUCGUCCAGCCCUCCAUCUACAAACUCUCCGGUGGGCCGGUCCCACAGAACACGUACCUCCUGGACAGUCAGAAAUAUGUCCCCUACCACCCGGCCUACCAACCCGUGGCCGCCACCAACACCUCCCCUUACGUCUUGCCUUUCUUCAAACCCGAGGGGCCUCCUCCAGCCACUGCCCCUCACUUGACGGACCCUGCGGGCGGCCUCCUUGGCCCCUCUGCCCACCUCUCCCCCUUCGUGGACCCCCCUCGCCUCCACCCGGCUGAGGGUCUCGGGCAAAGUGACGUCCACAAGCCCCCAGCCACCUUUCCCAGACCAAGCCUGAUCCAGGCCGCAGGGGCCUAUGAAUCUCUGGAGCCUGGUCAGGAUCCGUCCUUCCAAGUCUUCCAAAGUUUCUCUGUGGAGGAAGACACGGAGCUCAAAGAAGGCCCCACAGGCCAGGAUUUUACUGAGAAGAACACACCGGUGCCAAAGAACCACCUGGACGAAGGAAGCACACUUGGGCCGCCAUAUGUCCAAGCCACAACAGAAGCAGAGACUUGUCCAGAUGUGGCCGCCAUUGUGCCAGAAGACCAGGACGAGUCCUUUGACCUUCCCGACAAGGUCCUUUUGGAAGUGGCCAUGAAACUCUUCGACUGUUCCCCGGUGAACUCAGACACGGAGACGUCCCUCGACGGCUUCAGCCAGCGGCCUCAGGAAGAGAGUGGCCUCUCAGGUGAAGACUCCUCGAGCGACAUCCGUUCCCUCAACCUGCCCGACGAACUCUUGUCUUUUGACUACAGCGUGCCGGAAAUCCUCAGCACCGUCACGAGCCUGGAUUACCUCUACAACGUGAACGCUUUCGGGGAGGAAUCACCCUGGGAGAGCCGCCCGUCCUCUGCUCAGCCUCCGCUCAAGAACCCAGAGUCCCAUCCGGAGCCCGAGGAGAAAAACACCAGCAAAGCGCCGGCCGGCAAACCCAAACAGGGACUCAACCCGAGCAGCAACGGGGAAGGCCCCGAACCAGAGCUGGCCUUGCACAUCGGCUAGUGGGGCUAACGGAGCUGUUUUCGCCUGGUCAAAGGGCAGGGGCUGGUCAGACCCUGCCGUUUUGUGUAUUAAAAACCCAGACAACAUGUGUGCUUUUUA